CUCCUUGAUAAGCAUGGUUGGUGUUUCCAGAUCCAAGGCAUGCGCUGAUUGCAAAAGACGUCGCGUCAAGUGCGACUUGACGUCGCCUCGGUGUCAGCGUUGCACCAAGGCCGGCAUUAUCUGUCGAGGAAUCCGUAAUCAACCUACCCUAUGGGUCCAUCGGACUCCGACGCAGCGCAAUGUCUCUGCCCUCUCAGUCAUACAGUCACAACAGCAGACCAACUGGUUGAGCUUGUUACAGCGGAUGCGUAGCCAAAUCAAUUCGAAAGAGAUAUACGAUGUGCCGACUUUUCGAUCACAAGCGUUUUCAAUCGCCGUCAGCAUUUACUUUCCGCAAGGACGGUAUACGACGAGCGAAGAGGAUCACAGUUCAACGCCAUCCUCCUGGCUAAAGGCUGUGUGUAAUAUGGAAGGCUCUAGUGAGGCUCUGGACCACUCACUUGUUGCAUUUGUUGCGAUUCAGAUCAGGCUGUCUGGUGAAGUGGGCGUCACCUACGACGAGGCCAUUGAGCUAUACAACCAUGCACUUUCCAAGGUCAUCCACGUUCUUGACUGUCCGUGCAUCGGUAACAAUGACGAGAGUCUUGCCGCUAUUGUCAUUCUUUCCACGUGCGAGCUUUUCCUGUUCCACGCAAGCACAAGCUGGAACGCCCAUGCGCAAGGUGUAUCCGAGAUCCUUCGUCACCGAGUUGUACCUGAAGCAAACACUUCAAGCUGGAAUGACUUGUGUCGACGUCUCUGCGUGAUAUGUGUCAUCCAAGCCCUGUCGCAGAAGAAGCCUCUCAACCUUGAACCCAACCUUUGGCGAAAGCACAUUGGCCCCUGGGCUGCCCCAGAGUCCUUCGGUGCACUACUCGACAUGGCCAUUGACAUUCCCGCAGUGAUGGCGGAAGCGCACACCCUGGCUUUGAGCAACGAAAAAGAUCGUGAAAAACUACUAAGAUACGCGAACCUGCUAAUUGAAAAGUUCCAUGUUCUUGACGACUGGCGAGCCCUUGUGCACCGCAACAUAGCGGCACGCAACCAAACGCCGCUAUUCUGGUCUGUCCCCUCCAGAGCGAGUAAUCCAGCAGAUGAUGGAUAUCCAGAUAGACUAUUUCCGUUCGCUCUGAUAUUCUCGUCUGUGGAGGGGGCUAGUCCGUGGAUCCUCUGCUCCAGCAUCAUGUUGGACAUCCUUGAAACCAUCUUGCUUCUUCGCGGAAAACUUGGAAGCUCGAAUGCCUCAUCAUCUCUUGGCGAAACCCUCGAUGGCUAUAAAGAGCAGGGCUCACCGAAUCAAGCAGACGCUGACCAUAUUGCGCGUAUGCUAUGCCAAAGUGUUGAGUAUUGCUACCGGAGUGAGAAUGGCACAUUCGGUCCGCAAAUAACAUGUAAUGCUCAAGCCACGUUGCUGGGUUAUUUUGCAGGUCGUGGUAUGAAGAGGGAACUUGAGUGGUGUCGGGCGAUCAAGUACAUGAAGGGACCGGGCACGAGUUUUGGGAUUGAUCUGAUGCAGUUCAAGCCACCGCCUGAACUGUAGGCGCUGGUUUGAUGGGAGAUGCAAGUCUAUGCCAUGGUCGAGGUAGAAGGUGAAGACAUAAUAACUACAUCCCUAUCUCGAGAAGUAAAUUGAAAGACAAAAAGAAUAUACCAAUUAGCUGCCGAAGUGCCUGCUGCAAGUCGAGGUAAAAAUGGAUUUUAGGUA